AUGGGCUACAUUUCGUGGCUCUUCAAGAUUUUGCUGCAGUUCCUAACGAAUUCAAAGACUAUCACUCAAGACAACUGGGCGGAUGCCUUUCGGUCUCAAUGGAGUAUCCGUGCGAUCCCCACUGUACAGCCCCUCUUGGGCACAGAGGAGGAGCCCAUCGCAUGGGAAUCCCUGGACAUUCUUGAAAAGCUUGGCUGCCUAUUUGAGCUCUGCGAGUGGCAACUGGAGAAGCCUGAGCGACUUCGGCGACUUGUCGAGUCGGAGGAAGAGACCAUCAGCUGGGUUCGUAUGGCAUCGUCUAACACGUAG